AUGGCUAAGAGGCAAGCGGUGGAGGUGCUUGAUCGAACAAUGCAUGACAUCACAGGGGUAACACUACCAUUCGAUGGAAAAAUAAUGGUUAUGGAAGGUGAUUUUAGACAGGUCUUACCGGUCGUGAGACGUGAAACCCGUGCACAGAGCCUACGAAUGUCACCUCUUUGGUCUUCAAUUAAAAAAAUACGUUUAACUCUCAAUAUGAGAGCACAAAGUGAUCCAUGGUUUUCAAAUUUUCUAUUACGAGUGGGUGAUGGAAAUGAAGACAUGAUGGAAGAAAACUUUAUACGUAUUCCCGAUAACAUGACCAUUGCCUAUACUGAUAAAGAUAAACCAAAACAUGAUUUAAUUGACGCAAUAGUUCCAAAUCUGCAAAUCAACGGAGCAGAUUCAAACUAUAUUAUUUCGAGGGUGAUAUUAUCAACAAAAAAUGAGAAUGUCGAUAAGAUUAAUGAUCAGUUGAUUGAUAGAUUCUGCGGCGAUGAAAAAGUUUACUACAGUUUGAUGAAGCAGAAGAUGACAGAAAUAACUUCUAUCCAAUGGAGUUAUUAA